AUGAAGAAAAGUGAAGAGAUAAAUGGUGGGCCACCACCGAUUCCACCUCGUGACCGGAUAUCAGAAGCCCCUCCACUACCGCCGAGGAAACACGAAGACACAGUUAACCUUAGGACAAUUGUACCACCAACUAAGCGCACCUCACAGAUAUUUAGAAAUGACAAUUAUCUACAUGGUCAGAUCAUUGAUUCUUCAAGUAGUGAGAGUGUAUCCAGUGUGAGCUCAGCACCAGUGGUACCUCCAAGGAAUAAACCAAGUGAAAUUGAUGGUAAAAAACUUAAUAGCAGAUAUUCUGGAGAUUAUCUCUCUAUGUCUGGGUCAAUUUUUUCAAAGAGUCCUUCAGAGGCCAGUAUCACUAGUGUGAGUCCUCCAUUUCAAGACCUGCAGCCUGAUUAUAAUGAAGACAGCCUGUAUGGGGUGAGCCAAGACCGAUAUAGCUCUUGCUUUGAAAUGGAACCUCUCUAUCAGUUUUGUGGAACAGAUACAUUAAAGAAAAACAGAGAGCGUCUUUCAAACAGAGGAUCUCAUAUCUACUGUGAAAUCGGAGAAACAGAGCAAGAUGAAAGUCUACCUGAAGAAAUUCCAACUACCAUUUCUUCAAGUAUACAGGAUUCAUCUUCAUCGAGAUCAUCUCAGUUAGGUUGUGAAUUUCUCCGGCCCAAUUCUCAAAGAACAUUGUGGCAUGAAAUGCCUCAAGUGAAGAAUUCUAAUAUUUUGGAUACAAUUUCAGAUUCAGAAAGAAAAUGCCAAGAAGCUAUAUUUGAAGUAAUCACCUCUGAAGCUUCUUAUCUGAAAAGUUUAAACAUUUUGAUGAAUACAUUUCUGCUCAGUCCUCAGUUUUCUGAUAAAUCAGACAAAAGUGUUUUGAUUCGACAAGAGAGACAUGAACUGUUUUCUAACAUUGGUGCCGUGCGUGAAACAAGUGAGAAGCUUCUUGCUGACUUGGAAGCACGGUGGAAAAAGUCGCCACUGAUCCAUGACAUUUGUGACAUUAUCACAAAACACGUACACCAAGGCACAUUUAAUGUAUACAUUCGAUAUUGUACAAAUAUGACUUAUCAAGAGAGGAUGUAUAAUAAAUUAAUGAAGCGAGUUGAAUUUGUUAGUGCCCUAAAGGAGAUAGAACGAAAUGACAUCUGCCAACGUCUGCCUAUGAAGACCUUCUUACUACUUCCCAUGCAGCGCAUUACCCGUAUUCCUCUACUAAUUGAUUCCAUAUGUCAUCGCUUGGAUUCUGCCUCUGAUCAGUAUAAAUCUGCUAUACAGGCUCGAUCUGCAAUCAACAAGAUCGUGAAGCAAUGCAAUGAUGGGGCUCGCCAAAUGGAAUGUAUGGAAGAAUUGAUUGCCAUAAAAUCACAGCUGCAAUUUAAAGUCAAGGAAUUUCCACUCAUCUCUGCCUCUCGUUACCUUGUAAAGAAAGGAGAAGUCACAGAAAUUGUCUCUGACUCAAAUACCAAAAACAUCUUUAAGCGAUCCAAGCCGACUAAAAAUCCAUUAUACUUGUUUUUGUUUAAUGAUAUUUUACUUGUAACUAAAAAACGAGGAAAUCAUUAUGAUGUUGUUGAUUACUGCUGGCGUGCCUUCUUGGAUUCUCAACAUAUCAGAGACCCCGAUAAAUGCAAACUUCUUCCCCAAGGAGUCCCACAAGGUGCCCGCUACCUUAUGCUCUUGGUAAUGUUUGAAAAUUGUGAGAGCAAACGAGUAGAAAUGGUCCUGGCACAUAAUUCUGAAAAUGAUUGUGAACGUUGGUUGGAUGUAGUCACAUCAGUCACUGUAGAGGGUAAUGAACGUAUCUAUGCACAAUGGGACUGUCCUCAAGUUCAGGCUAUCAGUAGGUAUGAAGCCCGUGAAGGAGAUGAGCUCUCGUUAGAAGAAAAUGAUAUCAUCACAGUAUUACGAAAACUUAAUGAUGGCUGGUAUUAUGGUGAGAAAUCAGAUGACAGUGAGAUGGGUUGGUUUCCAGCUGAAGCAACCAAGGAGAUUGAUAGUGAACAUAUACGAGCACGUAACCUUCGUCUCAAAUAUCAGGUAGAAGGGCAUAUUGAAGUGGAAUGA